AUGUACACAACAAUUCUAGAAUGGUUAUGGGGUAUCCCCAGCACAACGACCGACGGAAAAACAUACGACGAUCAAGGCAUACCAUACGUUCAACUCAACGAAGAAUACGAUUCAAAUGUUGAGCGAUCAUGGACCAACGACCCAAAGAAGCUAUAUCUUUCUGCUUGCUUCGAUCCAAAAGACGAAGUAAACGUAGCGAACGAUUACAACAUUGAUGGUCUCUGUCCGGUAGUCAAAGAAACCAAGGGCGACGAAUUUAUAUUGCGAGACGACAAGGGUCGAUGGUAUCUCUGGGAUGCAUGGGUUGGUGAGUUGAUGAAGUUUAGAGAUUGGUGGAUCGAAGGCUUCACAACAAAGGAAGAGUUAGUGGAGAAUCUUGUUUGCAAUAUGACCGAGGCGCAAGCGGACGUGGAAUUCAUCGAAAGAAAGCGUAGAGACAGUGUGGUAGACUAG